GAGGCGGGUUUUGGCCACUUGCCCUAAGGAGCGAGUGCGGAGGGAGUGGGAGCGAGACCGGCCAGAGUGAAAGUGCUUGGCUCAUCGGUGAGGCCCUGCUGUACUGCUCUGCAGCCCAUGAGCUCGUUCUCCCGCGAGCAGAGCCGUCGUUAGGCCGGCACCGUAGCCUUUGCUUCCCCCGGGACGGGCCCUCGCCUCGCCGGGGAGGGGGCUGCCGGUCGAGGCGCCUCCCUAGUCAGCGUCGGCGUCGCGCUGCGAUCCUGGAAGCGGGAGCCGCCGCAAGCGAGAAGAGGAGCCCCAGCAGCGGCGGCGGGCAGCAGCUGCAGCGCCAGCGGGCGGGAUCGUGGCCGUCAACAUGGCGAGCGCCUCGUACCAUAUUUCCAAUUUGCUGGAGAAAAUGACAUCCAGCGACAAGGACUUCAGGUUUAUGGCUACAAAUGAUUUGAUGACAGAAUUGCAGAAAGAUUCCAUCAAGUUGGAUGACGAUAGUGAAAGGAAAGUGGUGAAAAUGAUUUUGAAGUUACUGGAAGAUAAAAAUGGAGAGGUACAGAAUUUAGCUGUCAAAUGUCUUGGCCCUCUAGUGAGUAAAGUGAAAGAAUACCAAGUAGAGACAAUUGUAGAUACCCUCUGCACUAACAUGCUUUCUGAUAAAGAACAACUUCGAGAUAUUUCAAGUAUUGGCCUUAAAACAGUAAUUGGAGAACUUCCUCCAGCUUCCAGUGGCUCUGCAUUAGCUGCUAACGUAUGUAAAAAGAUUACUGGACGUCUUACCAGCGCUAUAGCAAAGCAGGAAGAUGUCUCUGUUCAGCUAGAAGCCUUGGAUAUUAUGGCUGAUAUGUUGAGCAGGCAAGGAGGACUUCUUGUUAAUUUCCAUCCUUCAAUUCUGACCUGUCUACUCCCCCAGUUGACCAGCCCUAGACUUGCAGUGAGGAAAAGAACCAUUAUCGCUCUUGGCCACCUGGUUAUGAGCUGUGGAAAUAUAGUUUUUGUAGAUCUCAUUGAACAUCUGUUGUCAGAGCUGUCCAAAAAUGAUUCCAUGUCAACAACAAGAACUUAUAUACAAUGUAUUGCUGCUAUUAGUAGGCAAGCUGGUCAUAGAAUAGGUGAAUACCUUGAGAAGAUAAUUCCUUUGGUGGUAAAAUUUUGUAAUGUAGAUGAUGAUGAGUUAAGAGAAUACUGCAUUCAAGCCUUUGAAUCAUUUGUAAGAAGAUGUCCUAAGGAAGUGUAUCCUCAUGUUUCUACCAUUAUAAAUAUUUGUCUUAAAUAUCUUACCUAUGACCCGAAUUAUAAUUAUGAUGAUGAAGAUGAAGAUGAAAAUGCUAUGGACGCUGAUGGUGGUGAUGAUGAUGACCAAGGGAGUGAUGAUGAAUACAGUGAUGAUGAUGACAUGAGUUGGAAAGUGAGACGUGCAGCUGCUAAGUGCUUGGAUGCUGUAGUUAGCACAAGACAUGAAAUGCUUCCAGAAUUCUACAAGACUGUCUCUCCUGCACUGAUAUCCAGAUUUAAAGAGCGUGAAGAGAAUGUAAAGGCAGAUGUUUUCCAUGCAUACCUUUCUCUUUUGAAGCAAACUCGUCCCGUGCAAAGUUGGCUUUGUGACCCUGAUGCAAUGGAACAGGGAGAAACACCUUUAACAAUGCUUCAGAGUCAGGUCCCCAACAUUGUUAAAGCCCUGCACAAACAGAUGAAAGAAAAAAGUGUGAAGACCCGGCAGUGUUGUUUUAACAUGUUAACUGAACUGGUAAAUGUAUUACCUGGGGCCCUAACGCAACACAUUCCUGUACUUGUACCAGGAAUCAUUUUCUCGCUGAAUGAUAAAUCAAGCUCAUCGAAUUUGAAGAUUGAUGCUUUGUCAUGUCUAUAUGUAAUUCUCUGUAACCACUCUCCUCAAGUCUUCCAUCCUCAUGUGCAGGCUUUGGUCCCUCCAGUGGUCGCUUGUGUUGGAGACCCAUUUUACAAGAUUACAUCUGAAGCACUUCUCGUUACUCAACAGCUUGUCAAAGUAAUUCGUCCUUUAGAUCAGCCUUCCUCGUUUGAUGCAACUCCUUAUAUCAAAGAUUUAUUUACUUGUACCAUUAAGAGGUUAAAAGCAGCUGACAUUGAUCAAGAGGUCAAGGAAAGGGCUAUUUCUUGUAUGGGACAAAUUAUUUGCAACCUUGGAGACAAUUUGGGUUCUGACUUGCCUAAUACACUUCAGAUUUUCUUGGAGAGACUAAAGAAUGAAAUUACCCGGUUAACUACAGUGAAGGCGCUGACACUGAUUGCUGGGUCACCUUUGAAGAUAGAUUUGAGGCCUGUCCUGGGAGAAGGGGUUCCUAUCCUUGCUUCCUUUCUCAGGAAAAACCAGAGAGCUCUGAAACUGGGUACCCUUUCUGCCCUAGAUAUUCUAAUUAAAAACUAUAGUGACAGCUUGACGGCAGCCAUGAUUGAUGCAGUUCUAGAUGAGCUCCCACCUCUUAUCAGUGAAAGUGAUAUGCAUGUUUCUCAGAUGGCUAUCAGUUUUCUUACUACACUGGCAAAAGUGUAUCCCUCCUCCCUGUCAAAGAUAAGUGGAUCCAUUCUCAAUGAAUUAAUUGGACUUGUAAGAUCACCUUUGUUGCAGGGAGGAGCUCUUAGUGCCAUGCUAGACUUUUUCCAAGCUCUGGUUGUCACUGGAACAAAUAAUCUAGGAUACAUGGAUUUGCUGCGCAUGCUGACAGGUCCAGUUUACUCUCAGAAUACAGCUCUUACUCACAAGCAGUCUUACUAUUCCAUUGCCAAAUGUGUAGCUGCCCUUACUCGAGCAUGUCCUAAAGAGGGACCAGCUGUAGUAGGUCAGUUCAUUCAAGAUGUCAAGAACUCAAGGUCUACAGAUUCCAUUCGUCUCUUAGCUCUGCUUUCUCUUGGAGAAGUUGGGCAUCAUAUUGACUUAAGUGGGCAGCUGGAACUGAAAUCUGUAAUAUUAGAAGCCUUCUCAUCUCCUAGUGAAGAAGUCAAAUCAGCUGCAUCCUAUGCAUUAGGCAGCAUUAGUGUGGGCAACCUUCCUGAAUAUCUGCCAUUUGUCUUACAAGAAAUAACCAGUCAGCCCAAGAGGCAGUAUCUUUUGCUUCAUUCCUUGAAGGAGAUCAUUAGCUCUGCAUCAGUGGUAGGCCUUAAACCGUAUGUUGAAAACAUCUGGGCUUUAUUACUAAAGCACUGUGAGUGUGCAGAAGAAGGAACCAGAAAUGUUGUUGCUGAAUGCCUCGGCAAACUCACUCUAAUUGACCCAGAAACUCUCCUUCCACGGCUUAAAGGUUACUUGAUAUCGGGUUCAUCGUAUGCCCGAAGCUCAGUGGUUACAGCUGUUAAGUUCACUAUUUCUGACCAUCCACAACCUAUUGAUCCACUAUUAAAGAACUGCAUAGGUGAUUUCCUAAAAACAUUGGAAGACCCAGAUUUGAAUGUGAGAAGAGUAGCCUUGGUCACAUUCAAUUCAGCAGCGCAUAACAAGCCAUCGUUAAUAAGGGAUCUUUUAGAUACUGUUCUUCCCCAUCUGUACAAUGAAACAAAAGUUAGAAAGGAGCUUAUAAGAGAGGUAGAAAUGGGUCCAUUUAAGCAUACAGUUGAUGACGGCCUAGAUAUUAGAAAGGCAGCUUUUGAGUGUAUGUAUACACUUCUAGACAGUUGUCUUGAUAGACUAGAUAUCUUUGAAUUUCUAAAUCAUGUUGAAGAUGGUUUGAAGGACCAUUAUGAUAUUAAGAUGCUAACAUUUUUAAUGUUGGUAAGACUCUCUACCCUUUGUCCAAGUGCAGUAUUGCAGAGAUUGGACCGACUUGUUGAGCCAUUACGUGCCACGUGUACAACUAAGGUAAAGGCAAACUCAGUAAAGCAGGAGUUUGAAAAGCAAGAUGAACUAAAGCGAUCUGCCAUGAGAGCAGUAGCAGCACUGCUAACCAUUCCAGAAGCAGAGAAGAGUCCACUGAUGAGUGAAUUCCAGUCACAGAUCAGUUCUAACCCUGAGCUGGCGGCCAUCUUUGAAAGUAUCCAAAAAGAUUCAUCAUCCACUAAUUUGGAAUCGAUGGACACCAGUUAAAUGUUUGUUGAACAUGGGGACCGUUACAUUGACCAUGUGAUGCACUGAAUUGACAGGUUAAUCAUAAGACAUGGAAAGAGGAGUGUCUAAAGGCUUCAAAAUGUUUUACUUUUUUUUCCCUCAUGGAGACAGUUCGACUUUCUUCCAUUGUUGCUUUUGUAGCAUUUAUUUGAGAAAUAUGUAUUUCCAUAAUCCAGAGGUUGUAAAACCACUAAUGUUUUAGUGGUUAGGACAUUUAAAAUGGAAACUAAAAGUUAAGGUUUAUGGAAUGUGGAGAUAGGGUCCAGUAUCAAUUUACCCUGUAAUGUUUAGGAUUAAAAUGUUAAAAUUUUGUGACCAUGAAUUUCUUUCUUUUAUAAAUUUUCUCUUAUUUAAAAAUCAAACAAAAAUUCCACAAGACAAAAAACCAUGUUUCUUUUUCUUGUAUAACUUUUGUUUCGGCAACAUAAAUUGAUUAUUAGCUGGCAGGCAAGAAUAUCCAUGUAAGAUUUGUUACAUUUCAGAGAGUUUGGCAGUUUAAAGAAGAUAAUAAGGUAUCAAUUUUAAAGUACAGGAUUAAUAAUUAAUAUCCCUGUUGCGCACACUAAUUUUGCAUGAGCAAGUUUAUAAAUAUAUAUUGUCUGUAAAGCAGCAUGUGCAGAUUAUUCAUAAUACAAAAGUUAAAAUAAGUAUUACUGUAUUAGUGCAAUUUUCAGAUAUUUAUUUUUGCACAGAAAACAUAUCUGGAGAGAGAAAGAGGAGUAAAUUUUUGAAACUUUGGUUUUCUUAAUGCCAGUGUGAAUUUGCAGAUGUUUUCAGCAAAUCAAGUCACAAUAACAAUUUGCCACUUUUUUCUAUUACAAAUUUUCUUACACAUUUAAAAUUUGGAUAUUUAAGUACUCAGUUUUUCUCAGUUACCCAUUUGUGUGUGUGUAUUUCCACCUAGAAGUUCUUAAAACUAGAUUCUUCUUUCAUUCUCUUUGGAUCUCUUUAUUCCUUAUCUAAGGAUAUAAACACUGCGUGUGCUUUUGAAUUUUAAUUUUAGGAAAAUUCUGAAGCCCAGCUGUCACAGGUUUGUUAACUGAUAAUGGUAUUUUCUUUUAGUUGAGUUAGAUUUUUCUUGUCUCUUGUAGAGCUAAUUUACAUACCGUAUUUGGUAAGUGUUGACUACUUUUCUUGAUUAAGGGAUCUGUGCUGGGGGGAUUCAAGGCUUUGCAGUACCUUAUAUUGUAGUUAAAGUUUUAUUUUAAUAUAGCUUUUGGUGAGCUCAUUUCACACUGUAGCCUCUUCAAAUUUGUGGUGCUCCUGUAACAGUAAGAACUAACUUCUGAAAAUAAAAGACAUCUAAUGCUGUGCAAACAGUUUACAUGUACUGAAGGAGGCAGUGGUUAAAUGACCAAUUUUACGCAAUCAGAUAUUUGAAAACUGCACCUUUAUUUUUUGAAACUGUGAAUUAGAAAUAAUUUUCCUGCUGUAUUAUCUGCUUUAACAUUUGGAUGUGCAGUAAUUUUAAUUGAUAACGCAAUGUGGUUAUUAGAUUAACAACUUGAUUUGGAAUGUUCAGAUGAUGAUGCGUAAGGCAUUGCUACCAGUAAGGAUUUCGGCUAGUACGUUGACAUGGAACCUUCCAUGAAGUUGGUGCCGUUUCAGAGUGUGGCAGGUGAUAAUCUUAUACCAUAAUUUGCAUAGAGUUGUAAUCAAAAUUUAUUUUGAAAUGUUAGUAUAUAUUAUGUACUAUGCAUAUAAUGUGGUAUAGAUAUUGUGGAUAUAUUUAAGUAUUUGGUUACAUGGUUUCACAAUAAAUUACAAUACCGCAGGCUCUAGGACCGAAUAGGAGAUUGACAUGCAUAUGUUGUGUGAAUGUCUUAGUUAAUUGCCCAAAGUUAAAUCCAAAUACUUUUCAUGUACUGGAUUUCUCUUUAGUUUUAUUUAUUUUUUAACAAGACGCAUUUUUUUUUUCUGAGUCUUACAAGCCAGCUUAUUUUUCCAAUAUAGCCGAAAUUUUAUCUUUUAAUAUAAAAACGAUGUUUUCUAGAAGUGAAUAUGGUUUUAGCAUGUAUGUACCCAUGUAUACACAUAAAUAGCCAAAUUAGUAACAGAAAGGAAUGCUCAGAUUUUAAAUGCUGAGUCUUUCUGAUUAACUCAUUACUUCUAGUGGUGAUAUUGCCCUGGGGUGGAAGUAGCCAGUCAUUCUGCUUACUGGUAUUUUAUAGGUAUGAUUAAGAAGCUCCACUUAGUGAUUCUCCACAUGUAGGUUCCUCAGAUGAGCUAAAUUUAACAGUAAAAAAACUAGCUGUUUGCUGAUUUUCGUAAUGACUUUAAGAUAGUUAGAUCUACCUUGAUUUCUUUUAAAAGAAAGUUCAAUAUGGGGUUGAGUUUUGAGGUUAGGUUAGUUUAUGAAACUAAGGCAGAAAGGAAGUUGGUGUGGCAGGAACUAACCUAAAAGUUUAUUUGUACUUGAGUAUUAUAGUACUGAAUGAUAAUUUUUUAAAUGAUGUUUAUGUAUUUCAUUAAUGAUAUUUGGAAGUGGAACCAUCAACCAUCAGGAAUACGGAAGGUCUUAAAAGAUUGGGAUAUGACAACUUUCUUCAAAUGUUUGAGCAUUUACAUAGUUUUUGUGUAACCAUAAUUAAACAAAUCAGUCAUUUUUUUCCCUACUCUUUUGCCAGGCAAGUGGUGAAGAAACAGCAUAAGGGCAUCUCUACUUAAUUCUGGAGCAUGUUCUGAUAUCUUCAUAUCUAACCCAGUCUCAGACAUUUGAAAGUGAUUAUAUAGUCAUGAUUAAAGUUUGAAAUGAUGACGAAAUGGGCAGAAUCCUCAGGCAUUGAAAAAUUAAGUUAACUGAAGUUGAUGAGUAAGCAUUGUAAGCUGUGUUUGGCCACAUGACAAGGUAUAUAAUAAUACUUAGCAAUGAAAAAGUUCAAGUGACGCUUUCUGUUCACAUUAAAUUUUAGUACAAAUCUAAAUUGAUAAAAUUGCCAGUCUCUAGAUACUACGCUUAGUAAAUAUUUUGAUAUUUAUUAAAGAGCUUCAAAAGUUCAAGUAAAAUUCGGGUUCUAUCUGUAUCUUAAAUUGAAUCCUAAAUUUUCAAAACACUGCCUCACCAGAUUCAUACCUCUUUUUAAAAUCUUCUUAAAUGGAAUCUUGGCAAUACAGUAAUAGUUCGUUUACUGUUUGGACAAAGAAUAUUCUGGUCUUAACUGAUUUUUCUAGUUAAUUAAAAUUCCUUCAAUAUUUUUGUGAAAAAAAUGGGACACCGUAGAAGUAUUUGGUGGCAGACUGCCAAAAGCUCACCUGAUAAAGUAGCUUUUCUUAAGAAAGAUGCAAAAUGAAAUCACAUAUUUUCCCUCUGCAAAACAGUAAGUUGCUUAUUUUUUGAUUAAUACUAGAAAAGCAAGAUUUUUGAACACCUGCACUGUAGUUUAGAUUAAGAUUUUUCAGCAACACAUUUUGGCUCUUUGCCAUCCAGAAAGUUAACUUUAAAAUGGGGUUUGGUUUUCAUAGGGUAUCAUAAAAGCCAACUUUGAUUAAAACUACCGAGGUGGAAAUGUCUAUAACUUCACUUUGUUUGACCCCGAAAUAGCAGUGUGUGUCAGGUUUCAAAAUGUUUUUCAGUAGGUGGAUUCCUGUUCUUGGAGUCUUGGUAACUUGACCUCCUUAUACCUUUUAAUUCUGAUCCCAAAUGAUUGUCAGCGAUGAUUUUGGCAAAUUGUUUUGCUGAGGUCUUAGAAGAGGAAAAGCUUUAUAUUCUUUGAACUGAAAUUCUUGCCAGAUUAGGGAGUUUUGCAAUUAUUUAGCAGUUAUCAGUAACAAAGAUUGAUUGAUACACAUUGAGUGAUGUUACCAUAGAAUGUGCUGCCAAAAAAUCUAAAGAAUUCUCCUCCAGAACUGGUUAAUUGUACACCAUGACAGGCCCACAUUUUAACAGUCUAUACUUUGAACCACUGACCUUUUGGUUCUCAGCCGAGCGCUUUAACCACUGUACCACCAGGGCUCCUAUAACUCUGUUACUCUGAACUAUUCUGUUUUAUAAAUACUUCUCUUUAAACUUGAUAAACCCAACAGUUUACUUAGCCAAGUGCAGCUAAAUGGUGUGUGGCUAGUUUGCUAUAAUCUUAGUCUAAUAUUUUAAAAAGACCUGCAAGUGUGUAUUUGUUUGGAAUCAUUACCAUUCCUGAACUAAGCUGGACUUUUCUAAAAGGCAUGGAAAUAAACUCCUGGUUCCAUAUUUUAGAAAUAAAAUCCAUGAUUUCCUCUGGAAUUUAUACUCUCAAUAGGAAAAAAUGCACGUUCAUCAUUUUACAUCAGGGUUUCUCAAUCUCUACUAUUGACAUUUUAGACUGGAUAGUUCUUUGUUAUGAGGGGUUGUCCUGUGCAUUGUACGACAUUAGCAGCAUCCUUGGCCUCUACCCACUAGAUAUCAGUAGUACCACACACACACACACCCCCCCCAGCUGUGACAACCAAAAAUGUCUCCAGACAUUGGGGCAAGAGGAAGGGCAAAAUUGUCCCAGUUGAGAGCCACUGUUUCAGAGAAAGUUUUUUCCUCUUAUUUCUAGCAAUUUUAACCAACUGAGAUUCUAUACAUGUAUUUCUUUGGAGAAAAAAGAUAAACAGAAAACUUAUUUACAAAGUCAAGAAAUUUUCAGCCAUUCUUAAGUGUCAAGUUUUCAUCUUCCUAAUGAAAUUUCAGUACUGCUUUUAAUCAACCCAUUUUCUUAAACAGAUUAGAACUUCAUGAUUUAGUGAAAAUAGAUUUCCACUGAUUUCAAUGAAUUUAAAUCCCAUAGCAGUGUUUUUCACCACUAUAAAAUGUUUUCUGCUUCACAGAAAUGUUUGAAGCAGAUUGAGUGUUUUGGAAUUGAUAUUCUAUAUACAAAGGUUAGAGAAGACCGAGUAAAUGGGUUUUCAAAACUACUAAUUUACAUUCUCUUCAUAAGAACAGUUUGUCCAGUGAUCCACUUUUUUGAACUGCUUGUUUCCCAAUAUAGGCAAUAUUCUGUUUAGCUGAGAUAUUUAAAGAUGUGCCAAGUAAUGAUAUUUUGUAUAUAAUUCCCAAACAAUAUAUAUUUGAAAACAACUGCAGCAGGUUUUUGCCAUUUUAGUAGGAUUAGUUCAUGAUUGGAGACGUGUUUUCCGAGUCUUGAUAUCCACCUAGGGAAUUUUAAAGACACUGAUGGUGGUAUGCAAAUGUCAGGAGAACAACACAGAUUGCCUAGUCUUUGACACAAGACCAUUCAGUGGUUUUUCAAGCUUCUGAGCCAUUUCUUUCCCGUUUGGCAGAAUUGUCAUAAGCCAGGGUAAGUUAGUGCCUUUUAUAUAGCUAUUGAACUAUUAGUGAGGCUUACUGGUCAGGAAUUGAAGUAAACCCUGAAUGUUUAAAAAUGUUUAGUUUGGGAAUAUCAUGACGUAUUCUCAGAAAUUUUCUUUGUGGCUGAAAAUCAUCUGUAGCCUUAGAAUCUGUUUAAAAGCUUUAGAAAUGUGUUCCAGUGUCGAUUUUCCUCUAACAUACAAUCAAGCAAAAGUUUGAAGACAUGAGUGGCUGCCCAGAUGUGAACACCAUUGCUUAUCUGAGUACUGUCAACAGCCGCUGCUCACAGGUCUCUACAGAUCAAGAUGUACAAAAAUCUGGCAGAAUUGGAACCAAAAGAAUUUAUUUAUUUAUUUUUUACCAUGCCUACAUUCCCAUAGUGGACUAUCAAAGCAGGGAUGAAUUAUCCAAUAGGCAAGGUAAGCUUGGUGCUUAACUUGCUUACCAGAUAUCUAUAGUAAACACUUGGACAUUUUUCCACCACAUCCAAGAUUGUGCUUCUAGGUAUUGCAGGCAUCUGUCUCUCCCAACCCCACAGCAAUUUCCUACAGAAUCGAAGCAUCAAACUUAGAAUCCCUGAUGUGUGGAUGACCCAGUAAGGUAAGCACGGGCUUGCUUGUGCCUACUAAUAGUGAACAAUUUAACAUGGGUUUCUGCACAUCAAAAACCUGUGUUCACGAUUGGAGACAUGUUUAAUGUGAAAUCCAUGAGCACUAUGGCUGUAGUUUAGUGAGAAUAGAAAGGGCAGCUUAUAGGGGGCCUUGUAAACAGUUUGGAUUUAAUUUCAGGGAUGAUGGUAAGCCAUAUGUGCUAUCAAGAUGUUUCCGACUCCUAGUGACACUAUAGGACAGAGCAGAACUACCCGAUAGGGUUACCUCACCAUUGUUGUGUAGUCAGUAAUGACUCAGUGACCCAAUAGGACAGGGUAGAACUGCCCCAUAGGGUUUCCAAGGAGUGGCUGGUGGAUUUAAACUGCCUAUCUUUCAGUUAGCAGCCAAGCACUUAGCCACUGUGCUACCAGGGCUCCACCCUGUAGGGUUAGAAAGGCUUAAAAACGGAGUGAUGUGAUCAGGUUUGUACUUUGGAAAGACGACUCUAGCCACAGUUUAGAGAAUGGAUUGGAAGGAAGGAAGGCAAGACACUGCUGAUGAAUUAAGACAUUAUUGGGAUAAUACAGGUGACAGAGUGGUAAACUAAGCCAGUGUAGUUUUGGAGUGAAAGGGUGUUUGAGAUAAAAAUGACCAGACUUAGCAACUGACUGGAUGUUGGAAAUAUAUAUAUAUAUAUCCAAUUAUACUGCAAUUUUUACACCCAGUUCCCAGAAUAGGUGGUUUGUAGAAUUCCAGCUACAAUUUUUUUUUCUUAUUCUACACGUCCACUGUUAAGUAGCAUAGGGAGUCUGCUUCCUGUCUCUGGAGCCCAGGAUGACCAAGCCACCAUUUGGAAUGUUGUCAACUGCUGUGGCAGAGAGAAAGUAGUGAAUCACAUCUAGCUUUUAGUGCUUUCGCCUGACAGUGACACACACCACUUCAGAUCACAUUUUGGUGGCCAAGAAAGUCAUGCGGUCAUACCAAAGAGCUGAAUACUUAGUUACAAUGUGUUGGUGAG